AUGACAACCCAAAUGCACGCCCGGGACGUCGACGAGAUCUUCGAUACAGAAGCGCUUGAGGGCAUCAACUUCUCCUUAAAGACACCAUUCCGCAAGCUUGCCAAACGCCUCUUCAAGGGAAAAGACAAAAAAGGAAAGUGCAAGGAAGUCGCUCACGAUCCUACUCCAAACAAUCUCACUCCGGCCCCUGAAGAAGAGCCCGAAUCCCUCUCCUACUACAGAGCGCCCAUCCCUCCAGUUGGUAAUACAAACCCGCUCGAGAUGGCCAAAGUAUGGGACACUCCUGAGACAUGUCGCCCGGCCGCCCAGCGAGCUAUAUCCAAGGUCGUCGACGAAGUCUGUGACCGUCCCGAUCCAGGGCCAUCUUUUGCAACAUUUCCAGGCUCUAACAGCCGUUUGCGUACUACUCCGCGAACCCCAUCGCGCCUGUCUAUCGUGAAUACCCUUGGCCCGUCUACUUCGGUUGUUACUACAUCUUCCGUUGGUACAACAUCAGCCACUUCGAAUGUUCCUAUCUUUUCUCCUUCGGCCGGCCUUCCUCCUACUCCGCCUCCAACUCCGCCUCCCUCUCGCAGCUCUGCUCCAGCAAACUCAGAUAUCAGGACUCCUCCCACGCCCGUGAUUUCUCCAGCAGAUGCGGAUGUCAAUACCCCCCCUCCCCCUCCUCCUCCUCCUCCUACUCCUGUGAUUCUUCCGCUAGAUUCAGAUACCAAUACCCCUCAGUUCCUAGUGAUUCCUCCGCCAGAUGACGAUGUUAAUACCCCUUCCUCGCCCGUGGUUUCUCCACCAAGUUCAGAUGCAAGUACCUUUGCUUGUCUCAGCUCUACUCCACUGGAUUCGGAUACCAAUACUUCGAGUACCAAUACUCCGUCUUCUCCCGUCGUUUCUCCAGUCAUCGACGUAUUCGACAGGCCACCUAUCAUCGACCUUGAUCUUCCAGAAACAACCUUCAACAAGCAGGAUCUCGUUGGUAUCUUCGGAAAACAUUUCCCUGAAAAAUGUUAUAAUUACUAUUAA